UGAAUUAGACAUUCUUCUUUGAUUCAAACAAUUAUUCAUGAUGACCAUUCUUACUACACAAAUUUCACUUCUUUUGCUUAUACUUUUAUCUAUAACUAUAUUCCACAAAACCAUGUGUACCAAUCACACAGUUGUUCGAUGCAAUGAGAAAGAUCGAGAGACACUGUUAAACUUCAAACAAGGCAUCAAUGAUAGUCUUGGUCGGAUAUCAACGUGGUCAACCAAAAAAGAUUGUUGCGCUUGGGAAGGAGUCUAUUGUGACAACAUUACUAACAGAGUUACAAGCCUUGUUCUUAAUUAUAUGUUGAAAGGUGAGAUGAAUCUCUGUAUUCUAGAACUUGAGUUUCUCAGUUACUUGGAUUUGAGUGAGAAUGAAUUUCAUGUGAUAAGAAUUCCAUCCAUUCAACACAAUAUCACACAUUCAUCUAAACUUGUAGACUUUGACUUCUCCUGGAACUAUCAGACUCUGCAAAUGGAUAAUCUUGAUUGGCUUUCUCCACUUUCUUCCUUAAAAUAUCUCAACCUUAAUUGGAUUGAUCUUCAUAAGGAAACCAACUGGUUUCAAGUAGUAAGUACACUUCCGUCAUUGUUUGAAUUACAGUUGAGUGCAUGUAACCUGAACAACUUUCCAUCUCUUGAGUAUUUGAAUUUGUCUUCACUUGUAACUCUUGAUCUUUCAAACAACAACUUCACCUUUCAUAUACCUGAUGGGUUUUUUAAUUUCACCAAAGAUCUCACCUGUCUUUACCUUGACAAUAACAAUAUAUAUGGUGAGAUACCUUCAAGCUUGCUAACCCUUCAAAAUUUGAAACACCUUGAUCUCGUUGAUAACAAACUACAGGGACCAAUUCAAGAUGAAAUAGGUCAACUAGCACAUAUUGAAUAUCUUGGUCUUGCUUGGAACAUGUUAAGUGGUUUCAUUCCUUCAACUCUAGGAAACCUCUCUUCCUUAAAUUACUUAUCUAUUGGCUCUAAUAAUUUCUCUGGUGAAAUUUCAAAUUUACUUUUUUCCAAACUCUCUAGUUUAGAUUCACUAGACUUGAGUAAUUCAAAUUUUCUAUUCCAGUUUGAUUUAGAUUGGGUUCCUCCUUUUCAACUCUCUCACCUUUCAUUGGGAAAUACAAAUCAAGGCCCAAACUUUCCAUCUUGGAUAUAUACACAAAAGUCACUGCAACAUCUCGACUUAUCAAGCUCGGGAAUUUCGUUUGUAGAUAGAAAUAAGUUCUCGAAUCUUAUAGAAAGAAUAACUGCUCCUCCGCAUAUACCCAAUGAACUUAUUUUGUCAAACAAUUCUAUUGCUGAAGACAUAUCUAACCUAACACUAAAUUGUUUAAUUUUAAGGUUGGAUCACAAUAGUUUCACAGGAAGACUCCCAAACAUAUCACCAAUGGUCUAUCAUGUUGAUUUGUCUUACAACUUUUUCUCAGGAUCAAUUCCGCAUAGUUGGAAGAACUUGAAUGAAGUGGGAGUCAUCAACCUGUGGCGUAAUAGGCUAUCUGGUGAAGCUCUGGGACACCUCUCUGAUUGGAGACAAUUGGAAGUCUUGAUCUUGGGAGAAAAUGAAUUUUCGGGAACCAUACCAAUCAACUUUUCACAAAACUUAGAAGUUGUCAUACUGAGAGCUAACCAAUUUGAAGGGACUAUUCCAACACAAUUAUUCAAUCUUACUUAUUUGUUUCAUUUGGACCUUGCACAAAACAAACUUUCAGGAUCUAUACCGAAAUGCGUCUAUAACUUGACUGAUAUGGUUGCAUAUGCUGACGAGGAAUUGCCAGUAGGUACCAUAAUUGAGUUGUUUAUUAAAAGUCAAAAUUAUGCGGUUCUAAUCAGUCCAGAUAGACGAAUUAUUGACCUUUCAACCAAUAGCUUGUCUGGGGAACUGCCAUUGGAAUUGUUUCGACUUGUUCAAGUUCAAACGUUAAACUUAUCUCACAAUAAUUUGAUUGGAACAAUACCAAAAGUGGUUGGAGACAUGAAACAUAUGGAAUCUCUCGAUCUCUCUAAUAAUAAGUUUUUUGGUGAAAUUCCUCAGAGCAUGGCUCUCUUAAACUUUUUAGAGGUUUUGAAUUUAUCUUGCAAUAAUUUUGACGGAACAAUCCCAAUAGGAUCUCAAAUUCAAACUUUUGAUCCAUCAAGCUUCAUUGGAAAUCCAAAGUUAUGCGGAGCUCCUCUUAAAAAUUGUAAAAAUUGUACCAAGGAAGAAGAAAAUCCUAAAAAUGCAGAGAAUGAAGAUGACGAAUCUAUAAAAGAAUCGUUGUACCUUGGCAUGGGAGUGGGAUUUGCAGUAGGUUUCUGGGGGAUUUGUGGUUCUUUGUUUCUCAUUAGAAAAUGGAGGCAUGCAUAUUUUCGGUUCAUAUAUGGAGUGGGUAACAGGCUCUAUGUAACUUUGAUGGUAAAGUUAAAUAGCUUUCAUAGAAGUUGAGCUUUUGCUAGUAAAGGUGAUUAUGCAUGUGGAAGAUCCUGCAUUGUUAUGCAAAUCUUUGAUAUAAUUUUCCAAACAGAGCCAAUAUGUUACUGUAUUACUUGUUGUAAUUUUUUUCUUGAAUUGUAAUUUUUUAUACAAGUUAGUUACUGGUUUCAUUCAGGUUGCCAACUGGUCUAUGUAUUUCUGUCAUUAAUUUGUGUUAAAUGUAGUGAUUUUGGAUAAUGUUCUCAUUUUAUGGAGAAAGUGGAUUACUUCUUUU